ACCCCCCGGGACCCCCCGGGAGCGGGAGUUCGCAGGGCGGGCGGCGGCGGGCCGCGGCGGCGCUGCUUAAUAUUCAUGAGGCCUCAUUAAUUAUUCAGCAGCGCGGGGCCCGCCUCGGCACGAUGGUCCCCUCUCGCAUCCCCCUCCGGGGCAACAGGCCCCCGCCACCUUUGCCGCCGCCGCUGCUGCUAUUGCUGCUGCUGGCCGUGGCCGUGCGGGACUCCUGGCAGGCCGGGGAGAAGACGUGUGACCUGCUGGGAGAGCGGGACCGAGAGUCUGAGAAGGAACGGGCCCUGCUGGAGAAGCUGGCGCCGCUCUACGACCUCAGCUUUGAGAGCAGCGUGGGUCAGGAUUCAGAAGCCUACACCUACAAGUUCAGGGUAUGCCGGGAAGCUGGCAACAGCACGUCGGGAGCCGGCCUGGUGCAGAUCGACAAGAAGCAGAAGGAGACCGUGGUGGGCAGGAUCAACGAGACACACAUCUUCAAUGGAAGUGACUGGAUCAUACUGUCCUAUAAGGGGGGAGAUAUGUACGACAGACACUGUGGCAGAGAGAAGCGACGAGCCAUCGUCAUGAUUUCCUGCAACCGGCACAUGCUGGGGGGCAACUUUGCCCCCGUGUCCGAAGAGCGGGGUAAAGUCAACGAAUGUUUCUACCUCUUCGAGAUGGACAGCAGCCUGGCCUGCCCUCCUGAGGACACCCACCUCAGCGUCGGUUCUGUCCUGCUCAUCACGUUUGCUUCUCUGGUCGCUGUCUACGUCAUCGGCGGCUUUUUGUACCAGCGGCUUGUGGUCGGGGCUAAAGGCCUGGAGCAGUUCCCCCACUUUGCUUUCUGGCAGGAUCUGGGAAACUUGGUCGCGGAUGGCUGUGACUUCGUAUGCCGGUCCAAACCCCGCUCAGGCCCAGCAGCCUACCGGGGCGUGGGCGACGAGCAGCUGGGCGAGGAGCCAGAGGAGCGUGACGACCACCUGCUGCCCAUGUGA